AUGCAUCAGCAGGAGACAGGCAUUCCCCUCAAGGGACAGAAGCUCAUCUACAAAGGAGAAGUCCUACAGACAGGAAGUGUGGAAACUUGCGGGAUCUCCGAUGACGAUUUCCUCGUCGUCGUCGUUGCAAGGUCACCCGAUGAAGUCAGUGAAGUGAAGGAGGUGGACAAGAAGAAGUCAAGCUACAACUCAGAGCAGGAGAAAGCUGAAGCCACAAGAGCAAGGGAGAAGGCUCUAGCGUCAGUGCGGAACGACAGCAAUCAAGCAGGAAACUUCCCUGUGCAGUUGACCGAACUCAUCCAAGCGCUCGCCACCUUCUCGGUCGCGGGUCAACAGUUCCAGGUGCAAGUGGACCCGCGCUACGAGGAGGAGUCCAGAGACAGGGAAGAAGUUCGUCAGGAGGAGGAGGAGGAGGAGGAGGAGGAGGAGGAGGGAGACGGCGAGGACGAGCACGACCUUGACGGUGAAAAUUGCGAGGAGGAUGAGGAAGAGGAGGACGAGGAAGAAGAAGACGAGGAGGAUGGCGAGGGCAUGCUGUUUGAGGACAACGAGUCGCUGCAGCAGCUGCUCGACAUGGGCGUCGAUGAGCCGAUGAGCGAGGAUGAGCUGCGAUCUCUUGCUCGCUCGCGACGUGAACAGGAGGUGAACGGCCCUACCAACGAGGAGGCCGUGACUAGGCUACGAGAGAUGGGCUUCUCCGAGGAAGACGUCACGCACGCGCUGCGAGCAUGCGACAACAACUUCGAAGCCGCCAUGGCAUGGUUGCUCGGGGAUCGAGAGGGAGGAGGAAUGGAGGAGGAGGAAGAGGACGAGGAAGAGGACGAGGAGGAACAAGAGGAGGAGGAGGGCGGUAUCGACAUGAGGGGAUCGAACUUGAAUCCUGCCUUCCUGGACUCGACAGAGAUGCGACAAAUCCUGUCGAACCCAAGAGUAGUAAUGCAGCUCCAAGAGAUGCUGUCUGACCCUGAGAGCAUGAGAAAUCAUCUCAACAACCCUGAGAUGCUUCAGAUCUUACAAGCCUUCAACAACCACAACUUGCAGUAUCGACCUGAUGACAACGAACCAGCCUAA